AUGGAUGUAGUACAAAAUAGCAGGGUGUCGGCCGGGAGCUUAAGCGCCAAACAACCUGCUUUAGAAGUUGAGAAUGGUUUUGUAUCUGGGAAUCAUCCUUGUGAAUCGACCAAGAUUUCUGAUUAUGAAUCAUCCCUACCAAAUAAACCUUCAGAUUGUCUUCGAAAUGUUGAAACUGAGCCAUUGCUGCAGAAGCAAGAUGGUGACUAUCCCACCAAAACAGGGAUACUGUCAUCUGAGCUUACCAAUCUUCAGGAAAGUGGACAAGUUUUGGUAUCACCAGGUGAAAGUGACUCCGCAAAGCAUGUUCAUCAAAAUGCAGAAACUGCACAGAAUAAUUUAAUGAAUACUGGAGGAGAGCCAAUGCUAGAGGACAAGACUCCUGUAAAAUCAAGAAAGAGAAGAUCUUCUUCAGCCCUGCCUGCAAGCAACCGGGUUCUUCGAUCAAGGUCGCAGGAGAAGGCUAAAGAUUGUGAACCAAAUGAAGAGGUGAUUGAAGAAGGUGCUACUGGAACAACUAGAAGAAAAAGGAGGAAGAAAAAAGUGACACGGAAAAUGCCAGUAGAUCAGUUUGCUAGUAUAAAAACCCAUCUGAGAUAUCUACUUCACCGGAUAAAUUAUGAGCAAAACUUAAUUGAUGCUUAUGCCGGGGAAGGCUGGAAAGGACAAAGCCUUGAAAAGAUAAAGCCCGAAAAGGAGCUUCAACGCGCAAAAUCUCAGAUUUUUCGGUACAAGCUGAAGAUACGAGAUUUAUUUCAACGUAUUGAUACGUCGCUUGCUGAGGGAAAGCUUCCUGAAACUUUGUUCGAUGAUGAUGGACAGAUUGAUAGUGAAGAUAUAUUCUGUGCGAAGUGUGGCUCAAAGGACCUGACUCUAGAUAAUGAUAUUAUCCUUUGUGACGGAGCUUGUGAACGUGGAUUUCACCAAUUUUGUUUGGAACCUCCUCUUUUGAAAGACGAUAUUCCUCCGGGUGAUGAAGGUUGGCUAUGCCCUGGAUGUGACUGCAAAGUCGAUUGUAUGGAAAUGCUCAGUGAUUUUCAGGGAUCAACUUUUUCUCUCCUUGACAAUUGGGAGAAGGUAUUUCCUGAGGAGGCUGCUGCUGCGUUAUCAGGAACAAAGAUGGAUGAUUAUUCGGGACUUCCAUCUGAUGACUCUGAGGACGAUGAUUAUGACCCUGACAAACAAGAACAAGACCAGAUGGUUUCAGCAGAAGAAUCUAGCUCCGAUGAUUCAGCCGGUUCUGACUAUUUUUCUGCCGAUGAUGAUAAUGUGCCUGCACGUGAUGAUAAACAGAUUUUGGGGUUGCCUUCUGAUGAUUCUGAAGAUGAUGACUUUGAUCCCACAGCCCCUGACCUCAGUGACCAUUCUAAACAGGAAAAUUCAGGUUCUGAUUUCACAUCUGACUCUGAGGGAGAGGAUGUUGGUAGCAUUUUGAAUGAGGAUGACCAAAACAACAGUCCUGUUACGGGUUCUGUUGGUGAAGAAGUGAAGUUGGGUAGAGCAAAGAGAAAAUCAUUGAGUGAUGAAGUUGCAUAUCUUUUGCAGUCCAGCGAUGCUCCAAAAUCCGCAAGAAGACAUGUGGAAAGAUUGGACUACAAAAAACUGCAUCAAGAGACAUAUGGCGAUACUUCUUCAGAUUCAAGUGAUGAAGAUUAUGGGGAAACUACUGGUAUGAAGAGAGGAAAGAGAAGCGGUGGAAAAGGUAGUGUGCCUCAGAGAAAAAAUGACAGUGUUGGUAGUAUCGAGCGAAAUUACUCCCAGGAAGAGUGUGAGAAAAACCUUAUUGAGAAGAGCAAAAUCGAAGAAACUGGAAGCUUGAACGGAUCAGCUGAACAAGAAAGGACCGAUGAUGGUGGGUCCAACAGCAAAAGCUCUAGCCGAAAGUAUAAAAGACUUGAAGAAAGUGUAGUUCAGAGACUCCAUGAAUCUUUUAAGGAAAAUCAAUAUCCCAAACUUGAUGUGAAAGAGAGCCUGGCCCAAGAACUUGGGAUCAGCCUCCGGCAGGUUAGCAAAUGGUUUGAAAAUGCUCGAUGGAGUUCCCGUCAUAGUGCUCGAAUGGAAUCAAAGAUGGUUGGAACUAAUGGAACUUCUUCACCUGAAAACAGUGGAAAAAUAGCUCAGCUUGGACAAAAAUCACUCACAGAAGGUGCUUGCAAUGGCCCAGAAAAAAUCCCUCCAUCCCACUCCGCUCCUAAUAAGGAAGAAGGCCAGAGUGCUGGAGUGGCAGAAACAAAAUCAUCAACUAGUCUGAACUCCAGGAAGAAAAGAGGUGAUAAGUCUGGUCAUGACAGUGCGUAUAAGUUACCCAGCACUGAAAGAACUCCUGAGCCGGAAUUACAUGGUGAUACCUCAAAAUCUCGAGCAGUUCGGAGGAGUGGUAGAUUACAGACCAAGACUAGCAGCUGA